CAAUGGCACGGUAUCGCGAGGUGAAAUAUCUGCUCGUAGCGCUCGCUUGUACAGCGUUGUGGUCGAAUUGUUUGGCGGAAAACCCUUGCGCCGGUGGACCACCAGUCCAGAUGAAUCCAGCCGAAUGCUGUGCAAUACCGAUGCUCGUCGAUGGUUCGAUCAUGAUGGAGUGCUACCAGAAGUACGGCGAGCAGACGAAGAAGCAACUCCAGAUGGAUGGUACACCGCGUGGUUGUUGCAUCGCCGAGUGUGGCAUGAACGCGACCAGCAUGUACGCCGAUGGGAUGCUGAAGCGUGACGAUCUGACCAAGAUGUUUAUGGACUCGGUCAAGGAAAAGCCGGAAUGGAUGGCGAUUGUUCGGGAUGCAACGAACGCGUGCUUUGAGUUGGCAGAGCAGAAAAAGGAUGAAAUCGAGGCUGGAGCCAAGCUGGAACCGAGCUUCGAAGGUGAACAGAUUUGCAAUCCAAUCUCCGGUACGGUGCUGCGCUGCAUGGGCAUGAUCAUGUUUGGUCAGUGCCCGAAGAGUGUGUUCGUGGCGAGCGAGGACUGCAGCAAACUGCGGGAUUAUGGUAGCAUGUGUCCCAUUAUUUGAACCAGUUUCGGCAUGGCUUGGCAUUAGCGUGUACACCGGUGUAACAUUUGAAGUAAAAUAGAUUCGGGUUCCAGCACGUGCUAAGCGUGGCACAUUACCCGUUUGUGCAAUCUGUUGUUUUAUUAUAUUUUUGGCCGAGCAUCUCGUUUAGUAUCAGCACUCAUCGUGGCCGCUGUAAGAAAACGAAAGCCGCUGCAAACCAAAUGUUACUUAGAUAGCGAACGAAUUAAAGAAAAUCCUAUUUUAUCGCGAAUUUUUGGAGACCUUUCUUGGAUAUUGGCGUUUCCAACUGCCAUGAUAAAUUUUAAUUAUUCAU